CAUUAUCAGAGUGACCAUUGACAUCAUACAGUCACGACACCUGAGACAUUUCUGGUUGUUCACAAAAUUUACUUCUUGGCUAGUCGCUUCAUUCUAUUUUAUAGGUUCUUCUUUAGUAAAUUUUAGAAAUCAUGAGCAACUUAAAAACUGAAACGAAAUCGCUAAAAAGAUCCGUUAAGCCAAAGAUCGAUACGGGUUUAUCGAGCAAGCAUUCGACACUUACGUUGAUCCCGUCAACCCAGUCCCGUCAACCUAGUCCCAUAUCUCGCCCUUCAAGUAGAAAACCCAAUUUCAACAUAACGGCUACGAAACCCUUCAACAAUCCCUCUGUUAUCAACAGACGCCGCCCAAGUACAAGCGAUGCUUCAACUGGCGUUCCACGCCCGUCCAAGUUAAGCCUUUCGACAAAUGAAGAAGUACCAUCAAGAGUCCACCAGUUGGGGAAGCUGCCGUCAUAUCUUCGCAAUAAGAAGCGGCCAGUAACGGCGACUAGUAAGAUCAGAGCCGUCAAACCCGAAACAGAGAGCAAGCGUGAAAAAGAAGACUCAGGCAAGAAAGUAGAUAGGCUGGUACGAAAGUUUCAAUACGAUAAGCCAAAGCCGGUGAUGGACGAAUCAGGAAAGGAAACUUCGCCGAAAGCAGAUUCGGAACUGGAUGUAUCGUCGGAACUGCAGCAGGUUACUGCAAAAAUUUGCUCCAGAAUCGAUCACACUCAAUCGGUCGUGCUGAAAGGUUUUCCACCAUGUGAGGGUUCCCAAGCUAGGGAAGAAUUACUACAGGAGGAUCAACCGGUAGGAAAGAAUAGCGAACUGGCAGACUUGAACGAAAAGAUAAAACAACUUCAGGGUAAAAUUGACAGCUGGGAAGCGGAAUGCGGACUGCACAAGGAACGCAUUGCUGCAUUGGAGGCUGAGCUUACAGUCAAAUGCGAAUUGAUUGCAAAGUUGGGAAACGACGUGAAUAACGCUAACCAGUUGUCGAAUUCGCAUGAAUCACUCUCGCAGAAGAAUAUUGACGAGCUGAAGCAGCAGGUGUCGAACUUACAAGAAGAGCUUGCUCAGAAAUGCAAAAGCCUCAUCCAUCUUGAUAGCAAAAUGUCCGUCUUGAAUGCACUCGUGGAAAAUCUAAAGGAAAGUUUAGCUGCAGUUGGACAAAGUUCUGAAGAGAAAGAGAAAAUAAUAGGCAUACUUACCAGUAAAGACGAGCAGCUUCAAAAAGAAAAGAACGCACUCGAGCAACGUUGCGAAGAAUUGAUGCAACAAAUAACCACCAUGAAAGAAGAAGCUUCAGCCAAAGAUGCUGCCAUAGCGGUGAUUCAAAAUCAACUUCAUAUCAAAAGCGCCCAAUAUUCAGAACUUGAAGAAAAACGAUCGGAAGCGGCUGCCCUACAAGGAACCUGCAGGAAACUUCGUAACGGAAUCGAAAUGUUGGCUUCUAUGAAAAAUCACGACGAUAUACUACCCCGGAUUCGCACUAAGUUGAAGGAGAGCACAGAACGAAUGCAUAGCGAGCGCAACAAAGGAACACGCGGAGCAACUACAAGAUGCGGAGAAGGCGUGAAAGCUGACGACGAACCCGCAAGAACGCAGGACGUUCACUUGUACAGUGAGGAACAAAUUUUUAGUGAACUCAAGCGAAACAACAACACUUACAAAGAGACAUGCAACGGAUUGAUCAGUAUCGUGAAACGCCUGAAGAAAGAAAAGCUACAGAUGCGAGAGAUACUGAGCAAACGCGAAAUCAACAUAAUUAUUGGACCGACGAUGAAAGAAAAUCUACUGCAGAAGGAAAUUCUAAACCAAAUGUAUCAGUUGUUUCCCGAGGAACCGCUACAGAAGCUCGUAAAUGAAUUCCAUACAGAUGAAGUUGAAGAAAUUACCAGCAGAAUUAUUUAUAAUGAGGAAAUUAUCAGUAAUAAAUAAAGUAUAAAAUUUGA